CUCUUUGACACAGUUCCUUUUCCCCUGGUUUUCUUCCUGACAGUGUGGCGCAUGCGUUCUCUUCAGGAGUACAAAGAUGGCGGCGCCCAUGGACAGCGCUGAGGAGACGUGUACCAGGGAGCCGGCGGGGCUCAGGAGAAGAAAGAAGGAGCCCGUGAGUGAAGCAAAUGCAACAACAGCCCCGGAGAGUCGGGAAGAGGCAGAGUGCGAGGUGUCGCUGCUGCCACGGAGUUUCUGGCUCACACGGAUUGUGCUGCUCAGGGCUAUCGCUGCCAUAUACUUUGUGGCCUUCCUUGUGGCUUUCCAUCAGAACAAGCAGCUGAUUGGGGACAGGGGACUGCUGCCCUGCAAGCUCUACCUGAAGAACAUCAAGCAGUACUUUGGAGGCAAGAUAGGUCUGGAGGCUGUCAGCCAUGCACCCACACUUCUCUGGCUCUUGGACUGGUCUCGCAUGGACACGCACUUGGAUAACAUCGCUUUGGUUGGUCUUGCCAUCUCUUUCUUCAUCCUUGUGACCGGCUGCUCAAAUAUGAUUUUCAUGGUUACACUAUGGAUCCUGUACCACUCUCUGGUGGCCGUCGGACAGAUCUGGUAUUCCUUUGGGUGGGAAUCUCAGGUCCUGGAAACUGGGUUCCUUGGCAUCUUCUUGUGCCCCUUGUGGACUCUUUCUCGUAUCCCGCAGAGAACCCCGCCUUCUGGUAUUGUCGUCUGGGCAUUUCGUUGGCUGAUUUUCCGCAUCAUGAUCGGGGCGGGUCUGAUAAAAAUCCGGGGAGACCAAUGCUGGAGGGACCUCACCUGUAUGGACUAUCACUACCAAACCCAGCCUGUGCCCAACUCAUUGGCUUACUACAUGCACCGAAAUCCGUGGUGGUUCCACCAGUUCGAGACCCUCUUCAACCAUUUUAUAGAGCUGAUUGUGCCUUUCUUCAUCUUCCUCGGGAGACGGAUGUGUCUUAUUAACGGGAUCCUGCAGAUCCUCUUCCAGGUUCUUCUGAUACUUAGCGGAAACCUGAGCUUCUUAAACUGGUUGACCAUAGUGCCAAGCAUUGCUUGCUUUGAUGAUGCCAGCUUGGGCUUCCUGUUCAGCUCCAAAGAGGGGUCGGUAAAACACCAGGUUUCCAAGAUUCAGACUGAGAAAUCUGCUGGUGGGGGACCUUCGAAGACUUACGGCUGUUAUGUGCGCCAGUUAGUUCAUCUCUCCCUGGGUGUUCUGAUCAUCUUCCUCAGUGUCCCUGUUGUGUUGAACCUGCUGAGCUCCAAGCAAGUUAUGAAUACCUCCUUCAACCCACUCAAGAUCGUGAACACAUACGGAGCGUUUGGCAGCAUAACCAGAGAGAGGACAGAGGUCGUCCUUCAGGGAACGUCCAGUUUGGACCCCAAUGAUCCCGGCGCUGUGUGGGAAGAAUACGAGUUUAAGUGCAAGCCGGGGAACCUAACCAGGAGCCCGUGUGUUAUCACUCCUUAUCACUACCGCCUGGAUUGGCUUAUGUGGUUUGCUGCUUUCCAGACCUAUGAGCAGAACGAGUGGAUGAUACACCUGGCCGGGAAGCUGUUAGCCAAUGACAGAUCAGCAUCCUCGCUUAUAGCCGUCAAUCCGUUCUACGAGAGGGAGUCGCCCAGGUGGAUAAGAGGAGAGCACUUCCGCUACAAGUUCAGCCGACCUUGGGGAACACACGCGUCUGAAGGAAGGUGGUGGAUCCGGAAACGGAUUGGACCGUACUUUCCCCCCCUCAAUCUCCCUGGGCUCAAGAAAUACUUCCAGUCGAGGUCAUGGCCAUUGCCAGUCUCCAAAAGGGACCAGCGUCAAUAAUGUGUUUUUCCCAUGAGCCCUUGUUCCUUUAGCCAUAACCACUGUUACAGCACAAUUUAUUGGAUUGUAGUAUGGGGCUUUCUUUAGGGAACUUUUGAAUGUCCACUAGUCUUCAUGGGUUGGGGCAAUGAUUGCACACGUAGGGCACCCUGUGGCCUUUGAAAUCAGUGGGAAACAACCGGUGACACGUAGCUGUGUGAGCAGCAAAACACCUCUUGUGAUUUUUUUAUGUUCAGGAUUGGAUUUAAAGGAGAAGUAAUGCUUCUAGACAUCUUCAUCCACAAGAUAUUUGCACUUCUUAGCCUUUAGUAUGAUCAGGAUCAUGGCUGAAAGUUCUUCCGCUCUACUUCUCCUUUAACUCUAAUAUGUAAUUGCAAACAAGCAUCAGCUGAGGCUCAUGGAGGGCAAAUGACUGAAUCCAGGAAA